AUGAUAAAUACAUCAGGUAAUCUCAAAAAUUUAUGUUUGAAUAUAAUUAAUAAUAUAAAAAAUAAUCCAAAAGAGGAAGAAAAUAAAACGAGUGAAAAUGAUAAUAAUAUUAGCUCAUCAACUAAUGAAAACUGCGAUCAAAAAUACGAUAUAAAAAAUGAUGUAUUAAAUCAAGUUCAGGAUAAUAAAAUUGAUAAAGAAAUAGAACAAAAUGAAGAACUAUCCAAAGAUUUAGAUAAACAAUUAAACUUGACACAUCCUAUUAUUAGUGAAGUAAAUAUAGACAACUAUAUAAAUAAAAAUAAUACAAACAAACAAAUAGAUUUAAAUCAGACUAAUAAUUAUAACUUCCUUCAUUCUGAAAGUAAUAUAAAUAAGAAAUAUGAAGAAAAUAUAAAAAUCCAUAAUAAUAAUACAGAAAAAUCAUAUAUAGAAAAAACUAAUAAAUAUAACGAAACAAAUUGUAUUUUAGGAAAUUAUAUCAAUUUGAAGGUAGAAAAAUAUGAAAAUGAUUCUAAAGAAUUAUAUCAAGAAUCUAUAAAAGGAAGUAAUGAAAAUUUCAAUACCACGAUAAAGGAGGCAUGUAACAAUAUAACUAAUGAUUUAAACUCGCAAUUCAAAUGUAGGAUAAAUGAUAAAAAUUAUUAUGGCACUUCAAAAAAAAUCGAAGAAGAAAAUGAUGAUGAUAAUAAUAAUAAUAAUAAUAAUAACAACAAAGCAAUAUCUUAUUAUUAUACUGCAUCAGAUUUAAGUACAUGUAACAAUGAAAAAAAUAUAAAAAAUUAUUACGAGGAAAAACUUGGGGAUUCAUGCCGAUUUUUUAUUUACACAUCAAAUCCAUAUAAUUCUGAUAUUAGAAUGAUAAAAGAAAAUUGUUUAACUAUAUAUCAGCUAUUAUUUACUGAGAAAAAAAAAUGGUGUUCUAUUUAUAUAUGCACAGAUAAUGGGCCGAUGUCAAAUUUUAAUUAUCAUUUAUAUAAAAUAUUAUGUAGUAAAGAUGAUAUAUAUAUGUACUUUUUUUUGUUAAAAAAAUUUAUAUUUUCAUGCUAUAUAUACUUUAAUUUAAUUAGUAUUAAAAUAUUUUCCUCUUUAUCAAUUUUUUCGUACAAAAAUAAAAAUUUAAGUCGUUCCACAGAUGCUCAAAAUUAUAUGAGUUUUAACGAUUUUUCAGAAUUAACAAAUUAUGAACAAUCCCAAAAUAAAACAGAUGAUAAUAUAAGUUUGAGGAAAGGAGACGAUGAGAAAAAAAAGAGAAAACAAAAAAAUGAAAUAUCAAAUAAUUUAGAAAAUAAAAAACCUAAAUUGAAUAAUGAAAAUGAUGAAAAUAUAAAAUGUUUUAGUAAAAAUUUAGAAAAUGCUCAUAACAAAGAAUAUAAUGAUUAUUUUUUGUCGAGUUAUAAAAAUAACAAAGAUAAUGAUUCCGGUAAUGUUGAAAGCGACAGUAAAAAUAUGUUUUCGUUUAACAAUGGAUUAGAUUAUAAAUAUAAAAACAAUUUAAAUAAUUUAUUAAAUCAUGAUGAUAUAAAAAAUAAUAAUUAUUUAUAUAAUGGGUUUUGUAAAAAUGAAGAAUCUCAAAUUUUCAAUUUUAUAUAUAACCCAUAUAAACAUAUAUAUGAAAAUAAGCCUAACACAUGCUCAACUUAUUUUAAUUUUUUUGAAAAAGACAAAACAGAUAUUAAAAAAAAGUUACAGUUAUUUAUUAAUACACAUUCACCUACUAUGAUAAAUAUUACAAAAAAAUGGAAUUCAUUUUAUUUAAAUAAAAAUAAAAUAACAUCUUUUGUUGAAAAAUAUAAAGACACUAAUUUUUUUUCCUGUGAUAAUUUUAAAAAAGAAAUAACAGAAAAAUUUGUAAAUAGUUUUGUUGAAACAUUUAUUUUGAUGAUUACUAAAAAUGAAAAUAAAGAGCAUAGUGAUGGAAAUACCGUGACCCCAACUAAAACUAAUAAUGAAAAUAUUAAUAAAAUCAAAAAAAAUGAUCAAACAAAAUAUGGUGAAAAUAUACAAAGCCAAGACCAGUUUAAUGCUGGAAUCGAUGGAAAUUCGUUAGAUACAACAUUUGAUGGCAAUUCAAACAAAGAAUUUAUAAUAAAUAAAAAUAAACCAACUUCAAGUAAUCAUAUUGAAACUGCUCAAGUUGAUAAUACAACAAAUGAUGGGAUACUGGAAAAUAAGAGCAAUUUGUUGGAAGAAAAAAGUCAAAGUAUUGGCGAAAAUAAUAAAAAUGACGAAAAUGACAAAAAUGGAGAAAAUGACAAAAAUGGAGAAAAUGACAAAAAUGGCGAAAAUGAUAAAAAUGGCGAAAAUGAUAAAAAUGGCAAAAAUGACAAAAAUAAUAAUAUGUCUGAUAACAUUGCCCCUAUGUCAGAAAAUGAAACAGAAGAAGAGUCACUAUUAGAAAAGGAAGAUAACAAGGAAGCGAGUUGGCGAAAUAGUGAUGAUUGUCGAGGUACUGAUUCGAUUUGCCCAGAAAAUGGAUCAAAAAAUUGGGAUAUACUUGAUAGUAGCAAAAAUCUUGACAGUAGUUGUGCAAUAAGUACAAACUAUGUUGAAAGUAAUGGGCUCAUGGAUAGCAACAAUCAUAUUUUAGGAACAGAUCAAAAUGGAGAAGAUAUGAAUAUAAAAACUUUUGAAAUAUCUGGAGAUAGUUCUGAUAGUUGUAAUAAAAAUGAUAUAAAAAAAGAAGAAUAUAAUUUAUUAGAUGAAAAUGAUGAAAAAGAAAUAAAGAAAGAAACAUAUUUUUUGAAAGAAGAUAAAAAUAAUCCUGAAUUGGAUAAUCAAUUAAAAGCAAGUCAAAGCUUACCAAAUAAUAUAAUAUUAAAUAAUUUAAAUAUAUUAAUGGCAGAUUUAAAUGAAUUAUAUUAUUAUCUUGAAAAUAGAAAAGGGAAAUUAAUAAGACAAGGAUGGAAUAUCAAUGGUGGUUUAGAAAAUUUUGGAUAUUAUUCCAGUUUUGAUAAAAAUAAAUAUUAUGGUAUAAAUAAUAAUGAAGAAAAUAACAUAAUUUUAAAAACAGGUAUUUUUGAAAGUCAAAAAUUAAAUUCUAUAUUUUAUGAUGGAGGAAAAAAUGAAGAUGAUGAUGAAAAUGAAACAAGAGUAAUAGAUGAAAUGUAUUAUAUAGAUACAAAUAAAAAUGACGAUGAUCAUUAUAAUUUAGAAAUAUCAUCUAUAGAUUUAACAAAAUGUUGUUCUGUAUGUUCAGGAGCGCAGUAUGAUAACUUUGAAACAAAUAGUAACCAUUAUAAUGAAAAUAAUAAAAUUGAAGUAUUUAUAAAAGAAAGCGAUUUUUUUUGUAAUUGUAAUAACAUUGUAAGCACUUCACAAAAAUUUAAUUCAAAUUAUAGAUUAUGCUUUAAUAAUGAUGUUAAAUCUGAAGAAUAUUAUAUGAUAAAAAAAAAUAACAUUGAGCAAAUGCAUAACAUGAUUGGUGAAAUAUUAUAUAUGAACAAUUCAGAAACAGAAGGAAUAAGAUGUAGAAAUGAAAUGGAUGAAACUGAUAUAGGAGGAGGUUAUGGAGGGGAUGUUAAAAGAAAUGGAAAAUAUUACAUAAAAAAUAAUAAAGGUAUAGAUAAAGAAAAAAAUAAAAUAUGGUCAGAAAAUAAUUAUGAUGAAACAUUUAAUAAUAAUAAUAAUAAAGAUGGUGAUAAUAAUAAUAAUAAACCAACAUUAACAAGUAGAGAAUUGCGAAAUUUAAGAAGAAAUAAAUUAUUAAAUAAUAAAGAAAUGGAACAAAAAAAUAAAUCAGUGAAAUCAACUUAUGGAUCAAAUUAUGAUAUAAAAUCUCCAAGGGUUAAGAAAUUAGAAAAAUUUACAAGUCUAGAUCAAGAAGAAUUAAGAGAAGUUUUUGGACCUACUGGAGUGUCAGGUGUUUAUUUUGAAAAAAGCCGAAGUAGUUGGACUGCUCAAUAUAAAGUUAGUGGCGGAAAAAGAAGAGCAAAAAGAUUUUUAGUUACAAAAAAUAUGACAUAUGAAGAAAUUGAAAAUGUUAAACAACAAUGCAUAGCAUAUAGAAAACAAAUGGAAAAAGAAUAUACCAAAGAAUUUCUAAAUGAGGACAAAAAAAAGAUAACUAGUAAUAAUGUUAAUCCCCCUGGAAAAAAAUCGAAAAAAAAAAGAAAAAUCAAAAAUUUUUAUGAUUGUUAA